GCGGGGCACGCCCGGGAGGGCGGGGCUCGUUCCCGGGAGCCGAACCGGGAGACCCGGGCGGCGGAGUCGGAGCAGUUGCCACCCCUCAGGCUGACGCGCGUCGUCUUUCGGCGGCGUGGCGCAGCGCUUCUCCCGGUGGCGCGGCGGCUUCGGAGGGUCGGCCGCCGGGCACAGGUUUCCUAAAAGACAGAAAAAUGGAGGAAUUGGUAAACCAAAUGCAGCCACUGAAUGAGAAGCAGAUAGCCAAUUCUGAAGAUGGAUAUGUGUGGCAAGUCACUGAUAUGAAUCGGCUGCAGCGGUUCUUGUGUUUUGGUUCUGAAGGUGGGACUUACUCUAUCAAAGAACAGAAGUUGGGCCUUGAGAAUGCUGAAGCUUUAAUUAGAUUGAUUGAAGAUGGCAGAGGAUGUGAAGUGAUACAGGAAAUAAAGUCAUUUAGUCAAGAAGGCAGAACUGCAAAGCAGGAGCCUAUGCUCUUUGCCCUUGCCAUUUGUUCCCAGUGUUCCGACAUAAGCACAAAACAAGCCGCUUUCAAAGCUAUUUCUGAAGUUUGUCGCAUUCCUACACAUCUCUUUACUUUUAUACAAUUUAAGAAAGAUCUAAAGGAAAGCAUGAAAUGUGGCAUGUGGGGUCGCGCCCUCCGGAAGGCCGUAGCAGACUGGUACAAUGGAAAAGGUGGCAUGGCCCUUGCCCUGGCCGUCACAAAAUAUAAACAAAGAAAUGGCUGGUCCCACAAAGAUCUGUUAAGAUUGUCGCAUCUUAAACCUUCCAGUGAAGGACUUGCUAUUGUUACCAAAUAUAUUACAAAGGGCUGGAAAGAGGUCCAUGAAAUGUAUAAAGAAAAAGCACUUUCUGUGGAGACUGAGAAAUUAUUAAAGUAUCUGGAGGCUGUAGAGAAAGUGAAGCACACAAAAGAUGAACUGGAAGUCAUUCAUCUGAUAGAAGAACACAGACUGGUUAGGGAGCAUCUCCUAACAAAUCACUUAAAGUCUAAAGAGGUAUGGAAGGCUUUGUUACAAGAAAUGCCUCUUACAGCAUUACUAAGGAAUCUUGGAAAGAUGACUGCUAAUUCAGUGCUUGAACCAGGAAACUCAGAAGUGUCUUUAGUAUGUGAAAAGCUGUGUAAUGAAAAACUGUUAAAAAAGGCUCGUAUACAUCCAUUUCAUGUUUUAAUUGCAUUAGAAACUUACAAAACAGGUCAUGGGCUCAGAGGAAAACUGAAGUGGUGCCCUGAUGAAGAAAUUUUGCAAGCUUUGGAUGCCGCUUUUUACAAAACAUUUAAGACAGUUGAGCCAGCUGGAAAGCGUUUCUUACUGGCAAUUGAUGUCAGUGCUUCUAUGAACCAAAGAGUUUUGGGUAGUGUACUCAACGCUAGCACAGUAGCCGCAGCAAUGUGCAUGGUUGUCACACGAACAGAAAAAGAUUCUCAUAUAGUUGCUUUUUCAGAUGAAAUGGUACCAUGUCCAGUGACUACAGAUAUGACCUUACAACAGGUUUUAAUGGCUAUGAGCCAGAUCCCAGCAGGUGGAACUGAUUGCUCUCUUCCAAUGAUCUGGGCUCAAAACACAAAUACAGCUGCCGAUGUCUUCAUAGUAUUCACUGAUAACGAGACCUUUGCUGGACAUGUCCAUCCUGCCGUUGCUCUGAGGGAAUAUCGAAAGAAUAUGGAUAUUCCAGCUAAGUUGAUUGUUUGUGGAAUGACAUCAAAUGGUUUUACCAUUGCAGACCCAGAUGAUAGAGGCAUGUUGGAUAUGUGUGGCUUUGAUACUGGAGCUCUGGACGUGAUUCGAAGUUUCACAUUAGAUAUGAUUUAAUCAUAAGCACCAGCACAGUCUAAGAGGUCCAUUGCCAUCAGUGAUCUCGCUAAUACACCGCUACUUCCCAGCUAAUCUUAAUCCAAUGAAAGACAGUAGGAUGAUGGUAUAGUAUGUGCAUAAUGGAAAGUUUACCUUACCAAAAAAAAAAAAAAAAAAAAAAGGAAGGAACAAUAAGAUGAGCCCAAAGUUCUUUCUGUCUGUUAAACUAGGUCUUGGGAAAUAGCUUCAGAAUACACUGUAGCCCCCUCUAUCUAAUAGAGAACUUCUUGUUGAGAGACUGUAAAAUAGUCAAACAGUUUUGCUUUGGUGAAUAAUCACAUUUGUACUUAAGAGAGAGCCAAAAGUGUAAGUAGUUCCAUAUCAUGUUACUUAUUUGAGAAAUGCCUAAAGUUUUCUUAAAUGUUUUCAUUGGUAAAGGACAACUUUGAUAAUGUCCAAAUAUUCUGAAAUGCACUGGACCAUGUAACUGUGAUGGAAUAUAAAACUCAUUUGUAAACUUUUAUACCAAGGGGGUUAAAAAAACAAACAAAAAAAACAAAGACAUUUGAUUAUGAAUGAGUUUUACAAAUUCCUCUAACAGUUUUCUACAGUCACAUAAAUAGCAGCUUUCUCAGUCAGUGAAAAAGAUAUUUUGUUUCUGUGGUUUAAUUUACACUUGUAGAAUUGUUACCAUUAACCAGAAACAUAAGGGAAACCCCUGAGAAGAGAUCUGAAGUUUGUGUCAGCUGAGGAAGUCUAUUUUGGUUUGCUUUUGUUUGUUUAUUGCUGUGAGUGAGGGGCAUGACUUGACAUUUUCCUCUGGCUUAUAACAACAUAGCCACAUGUAUGCACACUUUUUUUUUUCAUUCCCUUAAAUGAAAACAGAUAUUUCAAGCAUUUAACUCCCCCUAUUCAUAAUCUGAAAGUAUGACAAUUAAAAUCUCAAACAUAGGCAGAUUAGCUUUUUCCUUACUUUAAAAAUAUUGUUUUAAUUACUUUUAUCUAUUUUUUUAGCCAAUUGUAAAUGGGUUUUAGAUAUUUCUAAUUGUAAACAUGUUAGUGGCCUCCUCUCUCUUUGUCCAUUAUUCAUCUGUGGCUUUGUCCAUUAUUCAUUUGUGACAAAACAUUCUUUUUUGAUAGUAUAAAAAAAAAUAAAGCAAGGUAAUAAAGGCAAUUUUUGUGUGGCAUAUUAUCACUAACCAGUCUGUAAGAAAUUAAUUUUUUCUAUUUUAUUUGUGUAUAUUAAACUUCCUGUUCAUUAUAAAGUGCAUUAUUUUCUUGAGCAAGUAUCCCUUCUUUGUGGGGAGGUUUAACCUGUUGAACUGCCAGUAUAUUUGCUCAUAAUUAUAUCAUGGCUGUCUAAGAUAAUGUGCACAUAAAACUUCAGUUUUUAUGUAUUGUUCUUUAAAUGUAUUUAAAGAUUUACUGGGGAUUUAUAAAGCCCUUCUCAAUAUUAUAUGAAAAGUCAAACUAGUAAAUGUAAAUUAUACUUUCACGUGCUUGGGGGUUAGAGGUUUUGUUUUGCGGGGCAGGGGACUUAAGUAAUGUUAAAAUUUGUGUAUUUUCUUCUGUUUCAUGAGAAAUUUGGGCUCUGGGCGUAACAAGACUAUGUUCCUUUCAAACUUAUUUGAUAUAUUAAUGCUGGCCUUGUCUGAUAUGUAGCUCUUCCUUCAAGGCCACGGGUAGCAAUUUGUAAAUAUUAUGAUUUACCUGAUUUUUUUGUCAGCAAAGCUAGUAGCACCACUACCCGCCCCCACCCCAAAAAAAAUACAUGGCUUCUGAUAUCUUUGUUUUUUAUCCUCUGUCAGGCAUUGGAUUUGACAUGUUAGCUACUUUUGAUACAUUAAAAUUUAUGUUCAGAUUGAAUUUAAAGUUUAAAGAACCUAACAGAAUUUUGUAAUAGUACUUGAAUUCUUUAAGUAAACCCCAAAUCUUCUUAAAUUAAAAAUUAUAACAUGAUCUAACUUUUUAUUCCUAAUAGAAAGUGGAAUAUAGUAUAAACGUUUAUUUCCUUCAGUUAAACACUAUUUCUAUAUUGUUUUUAGACAGCUAUGUUUAGGAACUAAUAUUAAAUCCAUCAGAGAAGUAAGAUUAGAUGUGACUUUUUUGAAGUCACAUAGGUAAGUCUAUUAAAUGGUAAGAUUUGAGAAAGAAAAAACUAAAAGCCACCACUGAAGGUAGCUUUAUUUUCAAAUCAUGGAGCUUUCGAGCUGGAAGAAACCUUAGAAAUUUAAAAGGUAAUUGUUUGAGUUAGGUUAGGGGUCCAUGGUCUGAGAGAGUGUGACUUUGGAGCCCUAGAUCUAGUAGAUCUAGAAACCUUGGUCUCUUCAUUCCCAUUCCAGUGUUCACUUCCCCACAAAAUGGGAAGACAUUGACUUACAAGAGUAGGUGAUAAAACAGAAUUAUUCAAGACUUUUAUCUUUUUAGGUAUUAGGAAAUAACGUAUAUACAUGAUUGCUUUAGGAGUAGAAAAACAGAACUUGUGAACAUGUAUACUUCUGUAGUUCAUAGUAACCCUCAAGCACAAUUAAUGUCUUAAUAACCUGUAUUGCUAUAUAACAUAGUCAUAUAGAAAGAAUAAAAAAACUUUACCUCAUUAUGAAUAAAAUGUACUCAAGUGAUAAAGAAGUUUUAUUUUCUCAAUUACUUCUAGCAUUACUGCUGAUUAGGAAAAUGUUGCUUCUAAAAAACAAUCUUGAGAAAAGUAAACUUUAUUUCCUAGAAAAUAUGUAAAUAUUUUCAGGAUAUAGUUGUAAUUAGUAAAACAAAACCGAAUCUUAUGAUCCUACCCUAUCCCUGUUAGUUGAAAUUUCUUGGAAAUUCCACUUAUUAACACUUAUGUAUUAUUUAGUUUAGUAAUCAUUUUAGGAAAUAUUGGUGAGGAAGACACUAGUGCGUGGGAUUUGUGCCCUUCUGGAGCCUCUUUUGCUUUAUCUAACUUACUGUGUGACUGUAGACAACCACCUUAACCUAUGUGCUUCAAUUUUGCUAUCUUUAAAAAGUAACAUAUCUGAUGCUUGGAUCAUAGACGAAUCAAUGAUUUUAUAUCUGUAUAAAACUUGAAAUUGGGAAGAAGACUUGCAAAGAAAUUAGAACUUUUUUUAAAAAUUAAAAACACUUUUAAUAGGAUAUAUGUUUUGAAAGAUAAAAUGUUUUAGAAAAACAGCUCAGUAGGCUCAAUAAUUUUUUUAAACACUCCUGUUCUGAAUGGGAAAAUGUGGAAAAAAAAUUUUAACAGUAAAGGUAAUGACUAAAGAAGUCACUCUUCUCUGAUAAGAGAAAGAAGGAAUAUAUUCCAUUAGAUAGAUCAAGAAAAACUAACUCAUACUCUAAAUGAGAAGAUGGUCUUACAAACAUUUGCUUAAUCUUUUAAAAUAAUAGGUAAAUCUACAAAUGAUAGAAUAUCAGUUAAUCAGGAUUUUUUUCUGCAAAACAAUUUAAAAUUAUUUUGGAAAUUUAAGAUAGAAUUUCUGAAUAAAUUUGAGGAUCUGACAAUUAAGUAAGAAACAUCUUUAGAAGCACAGUAAAGCUACAUCUAAAUAAUUAAAGGGAAAUGAUUGUGAUCACUUAUUGGACUUAUUUCAAUUUGACCUAAAGAUGAUAUACCCACAGAUCUCUUGAUGAGUCCCUUACAGUUAGUAAUCACAAAUGAAAAAUUCUGGUCUUGUAUACCACAGACUUCGGUGAUUCGUUAAGGCUAUAUCCCCUCUAGAGAAAUGUCAGAUAGCUUCAAUAUAAACAUGCACAAGGGAGAAUUAGAAAAAAGAUAAGUUAAACUAUUUCAUUAGUUGUAUUUACUGUAUGCGUUUAAUUUAGUAUAUAUCCCAGUUACUUGCUCCCUAGUCCCUUAUUUGUUGGAAGAUUCCUU